CAGACGUAUUGUUCCACUGAGUUCCAUGCCAUGCCUCUGGCACGUGAGAAAUAGCCAAUCGUAUGUGUUGUUACCUACUUGUAAUUCUUAUUUCAAGGGCGUAUCAACAAGCCGAGGAUCAAUUUAAAACUGAUUACCAAAUUUCUCAAAGAUGCUACGGUAGCCUAUAUUAUCUACAGCAUUAUAUUCUUUUUUUUCGCAGGUUUUUUCGGGAGACUUUACUCCGAGCGGCUUUCCGCCAUUGCACGUAUCAAGCUUAGGAAACAAUUUACAUAGGCCUAGCUAGCUUUACAAAAUACGGCAUUAUAGCAGUCGUUUAAAUUUUACUAGGCUACAAUUCAUAAAACAUGGCUUUUUUAAGUUCACAUACCUUGUGUUUGUGCAAAAGCCCGUUUGGAAAUCCAGCCAGACGCCCAACUGAGUAUUGCAGCCGUGACAGAAUUGUGCGGUUUGAAGCGACCUGUCUGUCUGACCUUUGGUGGAGACAUUGCGCACCUGUGUUUAACGACAAGAAUCGGAAUUUUUGCAUUUUGUUUUAAUGCCACCGCAAUAUCUGAAUACUUUAAUCAUCUGGUAAAAUACUGGGCCUAACGUUAGACUAACAGUAAAUUUGAAAUGCAAUGUCGCAAACUGGUCCAUCUGUAACGCCCUCCGCUUUGACCGAAGGUUUGCCUAUUUCAAGUUUAACUCUGUUGAUACUCUUACUAAUACCAUGCGUGGUUCUUCUCCUCUUAUUGAACUGCGUGAUACUGGGAUACAAAUUAUUCCUUUUUGCGAAGAGAAAGAGGGGUAGGCGACGUUUGAGCCCCGAAAGCACGCUUUUACAAUCAACGUUAUCAACAGAACAGAGAAUUACAAGAAUCUCGAUGCCUUCAUUCUCGAACAAAAAUGGGAAAAGAAACUUUAUAUCGGUUUCAGAGCCAAUGUUAGCGCACCCCGUGACUUCAUCCCUCACCUCUUCCAAAGAGCGGGCGGCCACGGCUCAGAGAUUCAGGGUCAUGGUGCCAGAUGGAACUAGACGAGGAGGAUCUGAGUAUUUGAAGGCACCAAGCACAAUACUAGCCACGAUGUCUACAACUGGCUCGACCUCGAGAGCCGACCUGCCCCGUAGGACAUGCAUGUACGCAAAGAGCGCGCUGGACUGGCGGAGAAGUGCACCUGUCUUACUGCAGUCCAGCGAUUCAGAGGCAGAUCGUCCUAACAGAGUGCCCCCAAAUUCCCCGGAGCUGAGUGCGCCGACUUUAGGGGACACCUCAGGGACCAUGCGUCGGAGCAGCACUAUGGAGUUGCUGAAUGAAAUUAAAAACACGAGUGUUAACCAUGUUGACUCGAAGCUGGAGUACGAGUAUGCCAGCAGUAUUCCCCCAGAGAGCCUGUGCUUUAUUGCGUCUGCCAACUCCUCCAUCGUGGGUCCUGGCUUAGACAGUGACUUCGGAGCCAGCGCAGGUGUUUCCCUGCGGAUCCUCUCGUCUGACAGUGAUGGCCUUUCCAAUGCAUUCUUAGGGUCAGGCCUUGAGUGGGACUACUAUGAUCCAAGUUAUGUGAGACAGAACCAUGUACCCAAACACCUGCAUCACAUGCCCACCGUCACCACCAAACAAUAUUGGGUUUGAUGUACAUUUUUUUU